GAUGGGAUGUAGGGAAUUGCGCUGUGCGCGUGUAAUGCGUAAGUUGUUUGCAGAAGAUACAGACAUUACAGAGGAUCGGGAAUACUCUAUGUGGGGCCACCGUGAAGAAAUCAUAGCACGUUCUGAUAGUUUUUCAAUCGUUUAGCCCACUUAAUUGCAAUCUGGAAAUAUAGCAACGUUAAUAACUUUUUUGUUGGUUUUCCUGGUGUAAUGCGAUUUUGUACCAAAUGACAAUGUGAAAACUAAUCGGGCAAUCAAACUGAUACACCUUUGCUGAAUAUCACGUGGGAAUAUAGAUUUUAGAUCGAUGUAAAAGGAUAAUCUCCAAAACCUUUCCCUGAAAUGAUGCCAUAAAGAAUGCAUUAUUGGAUACAUACAUAACACAUGAACGCGGGUAUCUGUGUCUGGUGAGGAACUGUAACCAAUGGAUUCCAGAAGCCGAGCAAACGCUACGCCGGAGGAGCUCUCCCGUUUGGGCAUGGAUCUCACCACGGCCUCCAUCGUGCACGGCGAUAAUUCUCUCUUAGGGCUCGAGGACAGCACCAAACUAUUUGGAGUGCAAGUGGUUCUCAUCCUGGCCUACAGCACAAUCAUUUUGCUCGGCGUCAUUGGAAACUCGCUGGUGAUUUAUGUUGUGUGUAAGUUUAAGACUCUGCGUACGGUCACCAACUUCUUCAUCGCGAACCUGGCGGUGGCCGACUUGCUGGUGAAUACCCUGUGCUUGCCGUUCACGCUGAUCUACACUCUGCUGGGGGAGUGGAAGUUCGGGCAGGUCCUGUGCUUCCUGCUCCCCUACGCCCAGGGCCUGGCGGUGCACAUUUCCACGGUGACGCUGACCGUCAUCGCCCUGGACCGACACCGCUGCAUCGUCUACCACCUGGAGACGAAGAUGUCCAAGGACAUGUGCUUUUUGGUCAUCGGGAUAACCUGGACCAUCAGCGCCGUGCUAGCCAGCCCACUAGCCAUCUUCAGAGAGUACGGGCGGGUCGACUUCACGCCCGAGCAGUCGAUCCAGGUGUGCACGGAGAAGUGGCCGGGGAGCAGCCGGGACGGCACCGUCUACAGCAUCUCCAUGCUCCUCCUCCAGUACGUGCUGCCCCUGUCCAUAAUCUCCUUCGCCUAUGUCAGGAUCUGGAGCAAGCUGAAGAACCACGUGAGCCCGGGGGGCCGCAGCGACCGCCACCACCGGAGGAGGAAGACCACCAAGAUGCUGGUCACCAUGGUGGUGCUGUUCGCCGUGAGCUGGCUGCCCUUCCACGCCUUCCAGCUGGCCAUCGACAUCGACAGCAGCGUGCUGGACAUGAAGGACUUCAAGCUGCUCUACACCGUGUUCCACGUCGUGGCCAUGUGCUCCACCUUCGCCAACCCCAUCCUGUACGGCUGGAUGAACAACAACUACAGGACCGCCUUCCUGGCCGUGUUCAAAUGCGAGCAGAGGUUGGACUGCGUCCACCCCGAAGCUCGCGUACGAGUCCGGACCAAAAAGACGCUGGAGACAGCGGACAUUGUCAGCCCGCACUUAAAUGCCACGGAUGUCUGAGUUUGUGGUAAUGUAUAUUUGUACCCAUUAGCACAUAAGAGUGUACUCUUGCGUAGGGUAUUGUGGUGUUUUCAAACCGGUUUCUUAUUGGUCGAUUACCUCGGCCAGCUCUGUGAAUUGUAAUGUGUCGUGGAUUAUUUUACUGUGUUGUAUUCAAUGAUUUUCAAAAGUCAUACAAAAGGGCAUCCUGUCAAAAGUGAAAGCAUUACUACGGGCAUGAUUUUUGUAUUUUGGGGUAGAUCCAUGUGAAACACAGAAUCACACCUAUACCAUUCCUUUGUGAGCCGAUUGAUGAUUUAAACUAAGCAAUGCUGAAACACCAGCAGACAUUGUUGGCACGCAGGACAUGAGUUUGAUAUUUCUGGUUUGGGCCAUAAGUUUACAAAGGAAAUUUUAAUCAAGAAAAGUGACAUUUAUAGCUUAACAUUGAGCUGUCACAACAAAUAUGAAAUUGGAACAUGUUGAGCUUCAGUGAUGGGUGAUAAAUAUUUUAGAUAUAAGAUAUAAGAUUGAAUUUAUGUGUCUCAUUGAAAACAAACUUGUUGAAUAUUAAUCACAAUUGAUCUGAAUGGCCAAGUACACAUUAGAAAAGAACUGCCAGGUCAACCAUAUUAAAUGGAAUAUUGCUCUUGUGAAAGUAUUAGAGGCAGCCUGUUGCCACCUACUGGAUCAUAACCAAUUCUAAUAUAGGCAUUAUUCAGUUGCACAAAUUUCCACAUCAGUGCAUGCUAAUGCAUCUACAUUCAGUAUAUUAAUUUUUUUCAUAGCAUAAAUUUUAUGUAAUUGCAGCUCUCAGGUUAAAUAUGAAGUACACUUUUUUGGUAUUCAAUUUCCCUGUAAACAAGACUUGGUUGGGUCAAUGUUAGAUAUAGGUUCAUAUGGGUGAGAUUUACCAGUGGAGGCCAAAUCUGGAACAUUGUCAACAAUAAACUUGUUGCAUCAUGCUCACAUUUUUAUUCUCCAGAACUCUGAUUCUUGAGAGUUAAAAUGGAAAAACAGUACACAGAGCACAAUGAAAGUUUAUUUUGCAAGCUAGCUAGCAUGCAGGAGAAACAAAACUAGAAACAUUAAAUCAGGUAACUUGCUUGAGAUAUCUAAAUCCAUUGGUUUUAUGGCUUUGAUUAUUAAAACAGUUUACCAGCAAAUCCUUAUUAUAACACUAUGAGUAUAAAAAUAUAGAUCUAUCACCAUAGCUUGUAAAUCACAAAUAUAUCAGUCACAGACAGCGGCUCUCUCCUGCUCUUCCACCUCCUGAAGAGCCAACUAAUAUAUUUUCUUCUUCAAGCUUUCGGAUGUUAUGUGAACUGUGCACAUCUUUACCCAUAAAUUAAAUACUGGUUAAUUAUUAUGUGAAAUUGUGCACCCAGUGCUUACAUUUGAACGUGAAAAUAUGCUUGCAUUCAAAAUAGUUAAACUGUGAAUGUUAAGCAUCUUAAAAGCUUGGGAGUCAUAAAUAUUUGGAUGGCUAUAUAAACAAUGCCAUGACACAUGUACAACUGGUUGCUUUCCUUUGUUUGACAUACUCUUGAAUAAAAGCCUCAUUUUGAAAUGAGUCAUUACAUUAAAUGAUAAGCUUCUUCAAAAAUUCCUUCAGAAAUGGUGGCAUUAUAAAUAGACACUGUGCACUGCACUUAUCAUUAUCUAAAUUAAAUAAACAAUGCUUUGUUGGCUAGUCUGUUCCUAUAAAUUUAUCCUGAAUAAAUUCCUGUGGAAUACGAUGCGGUUCGUUUCACUUUUCAAUUUUCUUUAGUUCCAGAACUCUUUUAUAGUUUAGAUAUCAAGCUUUGGUAAUAGCAUCAGUGAACAUAUCAAGGCUAUAUGAACGCUAAGGAACGUAUCCAACACAAUGUUCAGUUUCCCAGUGUAGAAAAGGCAAUGGCUUCAUCUUCCAAUCUAUGGACAAUUUUGCUAGUUGAAUACAAGGGCCAGCUGAUCCGAGACUUGCAUAGCAAUUUCCAGUUUGAAAUGAGCAAAUGCAUGGCAGUGUCAAUGAUAGCGAUCUGGAAAGCCUGAUGGGUUUUACUGGGUUUGAAGAGGGGGUUCAGAAUAUACAAUUCCUUUCCCAGGCAUCACACAUUUAAUGGAUUUUACACUAUUAUUCAGCAGAUGUACGCCAUUAUGAUGUGAAUCAUACUGAGUCACAUUGACAUAUGCUUUUUAAAAACAGAAAAAAAGAAAAGUCCAUGAUACCACAUUUUCCGUGAUUGUGGAUAGUUGCUAGCCAGUCCAUUUAUCUGUGUUACUACUGCAUAAGCAGAAACAGCUCAUGUAGAGCACCUUAAAAGGAUUUGUUCAGCGAGAGGCUGGAGUGUAAUUGGAGACUGAAUCAACAGACAUUUGAUGGAUUUAUUCUUGGUUUUUCAUGACCUUUUAGUGAGCAAGGCUACUGGAAACCAUUUUCUCCGAGAUUCUUGGUUGUACUUCCUGUUUCAAUAAUGUCUGUAGGCUAUGAUAGCUAUGAUACAGUAUGACACUGCAUAAUGCAUUCAUAGCAAAACAUGUUAAAGGAACUCUGGCAGAGUACAUUUCACUCUGAUAGAGUACAUUUUAUACAUAUUAGGUGCAUGUAAACUGUUUGCUGAACAUUUAGCAGUGUAGGAAGCUAAUGUUUCCAUGGAAUAAUUCCAUUACAGUUGUGCCAUUCACAGAAAAUAGAUUCCACCAGACCUGUCCUCUUCUGAUCCCAAGAGGUCCGUAGUUUAAUUGAUCAAUUCCGUGAAUGUCUGUUCAGAAGUUAUAACUUUAAACAUUAUUUUGAUGUGGUAGACAGUGGCUCUCCCUCAUUUGAAAAUCCGCAUCACAGGUCUGAACCCUUGUAUGUACAUGCUGCUGAAAGAUCCAUUAGUGGCCACCACAUGUAUGUAAAUGGAGUCUGACAGUGUCAUUUAUGCAGAAACAUUUAUCAACUUAUAACAAACAGGAAAUGAAAACGUCACAUUGAAUUAGUUACACACGCUGCUGAUACAGUAAGAUAUCCAUGUGUGUCGUUUUCAAUGUGUUAUCGUGGGGAGAUCAUUUUCUACAGGAUAACCUGAUAAUGCGCAGCAAUGAUAUAAUUCAGAAGAAAUGCUCUUUAACUCUACCCUUGAUUAAAAGUGCACUGUAAGUACAUUGCAAGUUUUGGAUAUGGGUCGGAUUGGUUGGAUAAUUGGCUGCUCAUCUCAUUCAAUGGGUUUUUGAUGUUGAUGUUUCUCAGAUAAAAAAGUGAAAUAUGAGCCUAAUAAUAUGCUAUGAGAUGGGGAAGUUAAUAUUAUGAAAGAGGGUGGGUGCACACAAAGUCACUGUUAAUAAAUAUUUUGUUAUAACAUGUAAAUUGUAAAUGAUAUCCUGAAACCAUUUUAUACUGAGGUGCCAAUAACAUUCUUGAUGUGAAUUCUAUGUAAGAUAGGUAUUUGCUCUAACAAUAUAUUUUGAGGACAAUACAUGUUCAGAUAAGUUCAUGAAAAUAGUAUAUGCAGCACAAACAGUUAAAGGCAAAAGUACUGGGACAGUGACAGAAUUUUUGUUGUUUUGGGUCUAUACUGCAGUGCAUUGAAUUAAAAAUGACACAAUGAAUAUGAGAUUAAAGUGCAAACUGUCAGAUUUAAUUUUUGUGUACUUAUAUCCAUAUUGGGUGAUCCAUGUAGGAAUUAUGGCCAUUUUUAUACAGUCCCCCAAUUUUAUGGGACAAAUUAGCAUAAUCUGAAAUCAAGUUGUCAAAUUUAGUACUUGGUUGCAAAUCCUUUGCUUUGAUGACUGCUUGAAGUCUGCGACCUAUAGACAUCCUGUAUUCCAGGCCUGCACUGCAGCCAUCCAGUUUUUUUGUUUGGGGGAUUUUUGCCUUCAGUCUUGUCUUCAGCAAGUGAAAUGCAUGUUCAGGAUUCAGGAUCGGUGAUUGACUUAGCCAGUCAAGAACUUUCCACUUUCUGGCCCUGAAAAAAUUAUUGGUUGCUUUAACUGUAUGUUUCCAGUCAUUGUCCUUCUACAAGGACCAAGCACCAUCCAAUGAGAUCUGAGCAGAUGUUUCUGUACACUUCAAAAUUCAUCACGUGGCUACUGUCAGCAGUCGCAUCAUCAAUGAAGGCUGGUGAGCCUGUUCCAAUGGCAACCACACAUGCCCAUGUUUCAUGGAUAUGGGGGGAGGGGGGAGGGUGCUUUGGAUCAUGAGCAGUUCUUUUUUUUUCUCCACACUUCCCUCUUCCCAUCACAGGUUAAUAGUCUUCUCAUCUAUCCAUAAGACUUUGCUCUAGAACUCUAUAGUUUUUUAUUGUAUUUCAAGAGAACCUGGGCAUUCUGUUCAAGGUUUUGCGUCCUGCGUUGAACCCUUUGAGGUUAUGCUGGUGUAGUCUUCUCUUCAUCGUAGUCUUUGACACAUAUAUUCCUUCACCCUAGAGAGUGUUCUUGAUAUGUUUGACUGUUGAAAAUGGGUUUUUCUUCACAAUUGAAAGUAUUUUUUGGUCAUCCACUACAGUGGUCUUCUGCAGUCUACCAGGUUGCUUGCUAUUGCUGAGGUCACCAGUACGUUCUUGCUCACUGUCAAAGUAACAAACAGUUGAUUUUGAAAUGCUCAAUGUACUGGCUAUGUCUCUAAUUGAUUUAUUCUGAUAGCCAUCUGCACUUUAAUUUCAUAUUCAUUGUUUUAUUUGAAAUCCAAUGUGCUGGUGUACAUAGCCAAAACAACAAGUAAUAUCACUGUUCCAAUAAUUUAGCAUUUAACUGUACAAUUAUUUGGAUUUAUAUGCCACACACUAAAUGUGCAGACCAAAGAAGUAUUCUUCAAAAAAACUAUUUUAUCAGACCUGUGAAAACAGAAUUCAGCAGUGUGAAUUCAAACAGAAAAUGUGUUUUGUAUUGCCUUGAUUCAAUGCUCUAUUAUUGUGAAUGGAAGUACAAAUUAUUGUGAAAGUAGAUGCUGAAAUCUGUGAAAUUAAAUGAACUUAUUUAGUAUUUAGUAUACAGUAUUUUAUUUCCAAAUAUAUGCUUGUUUGUUGGUUCAUGGAUUAUUUAAGAUAGAUUCCUGCUUGAACAGCCAAAAUUUUAUUUUAUUUAGAAUAGGGUAAUUCAACGUAGUAUAAUUUAAGUUAGGAAAUUCUAUCAGCUUUCUUGAAACAAAGUAAGCAUCUGAUUUAAUCACCUACAAAGUAUUUGAUGAUACCUAUUUUUCUAUCAAUAACAUAUUUAACCUAAAGUAGUACUGACUUUUAUAACUGCCUCAACUUCAUUUGUUUCUUCGUGCAAAUGCAAGCAUUUUACUACACGAAAAAAAAUCACUAAUAAAAUGUAUUUGGAAACAAAGUAUUAUUUUUUCAUUUGUGCAGCAAUAAUUAUGCACUUUGCAUGAGAAUGAGCAACUUAAUGGAAAUUGUGUGUAUGCAUGAACCAAGAGGAUUUGUAUAAAUUCCUUUCUGUCUA